UGGGCGGUUCAUCUGCGAACCCGGAAGUCUGGGUAAACUGAUAUGGCCGCCGUAGCAAUGUAAACAAGUUUUGUGGCCGUCUUAUGGCAACGUCGGUCAACCCCAAGCGCUUCAGCCGGACUCGGGCUUGUCUGUGCGUCCUCUGCGGUCUACCCGCAGCGGGGAAGUCCUCCCUGUCCCGCAGUGUCUGUCACGCCGCGAGACGUCGCGGGUGGAGAGCCGCUGUCAUUCCGUACGACGAGCUAAUCCCGGGUCAGGCUUUUAACACCAGAGAGGCAGUCGAAGACGCUACGUUACAGCAGGCGCGCACAGAGUGGAAGCUCCACCGCCAUGCUGUGUUGCAGUGCAUUGAGAAGUUCCUGGAUAAACAGGAAAUCCCGCUUGAGUUUCCCAGCGGCGUCGGCAUCGACUGGGCCGCAUGGGAACGCUGCGCCCGUGCCCUGCUGACGUCGCCUUUCAGCCCUGACCGGGAUGACGCGGCGCCGCUUUUGUUUCUGCUGGAUGACAAUUUCUACUAUCCAAGCAUGAGAUAUGAAGUCUUCCAGCUGGCUAGAAAGUACUCACUGGGUUUUUGCCAGGUGUACGCACAGUGCCACUUGGACCUGUGCGUUAGCCGGAAUGACAACCGUCCUUGUCCCGUCCCCACCGGCGUCAUCGAGGAGAUGGCGAAGCGUCAAGAGCGUCCCAAUCCGAUAAAAAACCCGUGGGAGGCAAAGAGCAUCGCAGUGGACACUGCAGAUAAAUUGACAAAUUGCGACAUACAGAAAGUGAUGGAGUUGAUCUCUAAUGCACUCAGCGACCCACUGAGCCCAGUCGACGACGACAGAGAACAAAAGGAGGCUGACCGGCAAAGAUGCGCAGCCAGCGUAAUUCACCAGGCUGACCAGGCCUGUCGUCGUCUCAUUUCAGAGGCUAUGAAAAAAGCCAGAGAAACUGGCGCAUCGUCUCAACACAUGAGGUCCUUGGCCGCUCACCUAAACGAAUCCAAAGCGCAAUUCCUCCAAAGGUUGCGUGGACAGUUUCUUCAGGACCCGAAUUUUAGUCCAGGAGAGGAUGUAGAUGUGGACCGUGUUGUGAAGACGGCAGUGGCCCGUUUCGACGGCGAGAGACAAGAAAUCAUGUUAAAAAUAAUCCAGAAUCAUUCCGACUUUUAGCCAGUCUGUUGAAAAAUGCCUUUAUUAUAUUAAAGCGUGCCUGUGAA